AAUAGUAACGAGGUGAAAGAAUCUAGUAGCUGUGUAAACGUGCCACAAAUGGUUGAAGGUGACGACAUUCUUAUGAACAGCAAUAUUGCGCAGGGACGCAGUUGCUCAGAGGUAGAGGAUAGUUUGGCUGAUGUGCAGCAAACAAAAGUAGAAAAAGUCGUCAGAUGCUUCGAUUUAAAGUUAGUGGACAGAUUAGAGAAAGCAGCUAAGAUUAUAGAGCAUGAUGAGCCCCAGGAUGUAAAUGUAAAUGUAAUUGCAACUGAUCAGAAUUACUUUAGCUGGAAGAACAUAGAACGAGAUUUAUUAGACGAGGUGUGUGAGCAACCUGUUCAAUGUAAAAUAACUCACCCUGUUAUCAAAGUAAACAUAUCAGGAGUCACUGUGCGUUGUCUGCUUGACAGUGGCAGUGAAGCAAGUGCUUUAUCACAAACAUUUUUUGACACCAUACCCAAUAAAGAGAAGUUAACAGUUAUGAAAGUAAGUGGCUUAAAGAUUAUAGGUGCUACUGGAAAAGUCUCUAGACCAGUUCAACACGAAGCUUUGAUACCCAUUGGUAUAAAUGACGUAGUAAUAGAUCAUCCUUGUUUGAUUGUGCUAGGCUUAAGUGUUGAUAUGUUGAUUGGUACUGAUUUCUUAUCAAAGUACCAGGGAAAGAUCAAUUUUGAUCAGAACAACUUAAUUUUAACUUUACCUGACUCUAAAGUGAUAAGAGAGUCUUUUAUAGGAAGUCAUAUAGGCGGUAGUAAUGAAACUUGGGAACUGCCUAUUAGAGUAAUAAAGAAUAAAGGAUACUUGCAGGAAAAUUUGGUUUUCAGUGAGAAUGAGGAAAGUGCUAAGGUUGAAGAGAGACACAUCCUAAAGGAAAUAGAGGAAAAGGAAUUUAAAAUUAACAGUAAUUAAUUACUGUAGGGAGUCUGCCACUCUUUGGCGGAUACACGGUUUGGCGUACCGUGCAGUCCCAGCUGGGUGAAACUUUAUUUCCUUUUCAAGUUUCAUUCCCUUCUUCUGGUCUAUCAUAACAGGUAAGAAUCACAUAUGUCUUCAUGUUGUAUAUAUGCUAUUAGGUUUUAAGUAUUCUUAGUAAGGAUCUACCUAGUGAAUGGCAAAACAAAAGUCUGAGUACCAAUAAGAGGCAAACAUGGCUAAAAUAAAUAAAUUAAAAUAUUUCAUGUAAUUGUAAAGGGUUAGAAACUACAACUAAGAGAGACACUUUGCAGUAUACGAAGUACGGUAUGAAUAUGAAUAAUCCAUGAGAUUAUGCAGAAGGUAGUAUGUUGCUAGAAAUAAGGUUGUCUGAAGGAAAACAGCGUAAGAAGGUAAUGCUCAUAGAGGCAAGCAAUGGCGUUUUAGAAUUAAAUAAAUGGAGAUGUGUGGAAGUGGUGUGAGGAUCGCACCAAAUAUAUAGAAACAGGACGUCAAUAGGCUGACAAAAGGAAAAGGGAGAAAGAAGUGGAGAAAUGAAGUAUUUUGAAUCUGGAAGAAAA